AUGGCUUCAAAUUUUGCUGUUGGAACUUUAGUUAUUGGUGCUCUCACUGCUCCCCCUGCAAUUGUACCACCACACCAGAUAAAACUACCAAAAAAUGCUCCUGGUAACCGAACUGAUAUAGCUUGGAAACAUGGCAUUGUUGAUCCUAAUAAUCCAAGAAAAAUACAAUGCAAGUAUUGUCAAAAAAAGGUAACUGGAGGUGUCUACAGGCUAAAGCACCACUUGGCUUAA